UGUUUAUCUACUUUCGAUAAACAAAUGAAUGGCAGACAUCGGCCACAGUCGACUUCUGAAAUUCUUUACAAACCCAAAAAUGGCAGACUCCAUCAACGAAUCUAACGGAAUAACAUCUGCGGUACCAGGCGAGCAGAGGAUCCGAGAGGAUGAGCCAGGCGCUGUGGCCACCAAGGAGGACUUCACUCUGUCACCUGUCAUCACUGUCACCAAGAAGGAGGCGUCCUUCGCCAAGGGAGACCUGAAGCUGCAGCAGGUGACAGUGACGGAAGACAUCUCGGACACCGCCACGAUUGCCGAAGAUUCCAAUUUAGAAAGUAUAGAUUCUACACAAUCGGAAGAGUCUAUAAGUUCGGACGCAAGAGACAUCAACAGCGAAACAGGGGAGGAAGUUAAAAAAGUUUCCAAAAUACCAAGGCUACGAUUUAGAGCAGCAGUCAAUAAAAUAAGAAGUGAACAGAAAAAUGAAGAUAACAUUAAAAGAAAGGAGAUGUCUACUGCCGCAAACAGAAGAAGAUCGUCUAUACCAAGGCUAAAAGGGAACAAAACUCCGCCACCAAAAGAAGAAACAGAAAAGAAAAGAGAGAGCAUCAACUUCGAUGAUUUAAUUUCUAAUGUCACAGAAGACGAUUUUGAUAAAAUUUAUGAAGAAAUAGUUGAAAACCCCAAUGUUCGAGAUGAGUCUGAAAGUAUAAUUGAAAAUAAAGAUCCUGCAGUUGUAGAAACAAAGUUUGACGAACUAAUUCACGCUUACGAUAGUAAUAAAAUACAGCCACUUAAAAUAGACAAAACAAAAAGUAAGAUACCGUUAUUAAAGCGUAAAAGUGAACAUGACAUUGAAAUCGAUAAAACAGUUAGAAAAGAAUUGCAAAGAAAAAGUAGCUUGGGAAGAAUUCCGAUCAGUAACUCGUUUGCUUGUAAAACGAAAUUAUCACAAACAUCACAAUCUAACAAUAUCGAUAAUUCGUUACCAAAAGAGAACACAAAAGCUACUCAAUCCGAACAUAUUCCUAAUAACAAUUUAGAAAGUGAUAUUCAUCCUAAGGUGACCGCUCAAAUACCAUUAAGUGAAAAUAAAUACACUAAAAUAUCGUCAAUUGUUUUAAACAAACAACCAAUACGUAUAAAUUCUGCAGAAACUACUAAACCACAGCACACACAUGAGCACACUGAGGAUAAAAUUAAUGACGCUGAAUUUAUAUUGUCAAAAUUGGAAACUAUAUCAGCUACGGAAGCUGAAAUUAUCGAGCAAAAACCCUCGUCACCGCACUUAGAAGAUUCAAUUGAAGUAAAGGAAAUAGUGAAACUGGAAAAUGAAAUUAAUAUAACACAUAAAGAGGGAACAGACACUAAAAUUGAAGAUGCUGCAAUUGAGGAUGAUAAUAUUAAUAAAAUAAAUAAAAGUGGUAAACAUGAAGACACUGUUGAAAAAACACCAGCAGGAAUAAGAGCUGAUUAUAAUAAUGAUUCCAACAGUAUUUCAAAUGAGACUAACAAAGUAGAAUCAAAGUCGUUGGAGGCUGAAGUCAUACAUGACAUUGAACCUGAAAUUAAUAAUAAUACUAAAAAUGUAUCCAAAGAUUAUUCAAUAAAAGAUUAUAAUUUAAUAAACCCUCCGAUAGUAAAUGAAUCUGAAGUAGUUAUUAAAUAUAAGCCAGAAGUUAGAGAAGUUGAAGUGGAGAAAGAACAUUAUCUUAUAAAUACAGGCACCGAUACAGGCACCGAAAACAGAAAAUUCAAUUCAAAUGUAUCUUUGACGAGCAAGCCAGCUAAAUACAAAACGAUUACUGCAUCUCAAACUGUUGAAGAUACUAACGAGGAGGAUAUCAUAAUUCUCAAAGGCAAGGUACACAGAGUCAUAAGUAGGUUAGAUUCUGUUGAACCUAAACAAAAGAAGAAACCAGUUGACGACUUACCUAAGCAAUCGGUAAAAUCUAAAAUAUCAUUAUUUGAAUCUAAUGAUCCUACACCGGUCUAUAUUAAAAAUGUACCGACUAAAUCUAAAUUUGUACACCCUAAGGAUGAUAAGCCUAAAGUAAUUGAAGGUAUUUUGAAAUAUUCAAAUAAGGUGGACUAUUUUAAGGAAUUAAAUAAAAGAAAGAUAUCUGCAAAUCUAGAAAACAACAUACCUACUGAUCGAGUUAAAAUAGCUUACGGGCUGAAGGACGAAUUAGCUCGUUGGGAAAAAAACAAUACUAAAGACAUGCUACAUACACUUAAUGCUGACAAACAUGUUUCAAAUGAACUAGCCUCAGAAAGUCAUAAAAAUAAUGAUGAAGAAAUCGAUAAAAAAGUAAACAACAUACCUACUGAUCGAGUUAAAAUAGCUUACGGGCUGAAAGACGAAUUAGCUCGUUGGGAAAAGAACAAUACUAAAGACAUGCUUCAUACACUUAAUGCUGACAAACAUGUUUCAAAUGAACUAGCCUCAGAAAAUCAUGAAAAUAAUGAUGAAGAAAUCGAUAAAAAAGUAAUUCCAGCUGUGGAAGACGAUGUGUUUGCAAAGAAAUCUGCUGAUAUUAUAAACUCUUACAAACUGAGCCAACUGAAAAAGAAUAUAAAUGUCGAUUCCGAGAUGAAGAGAGCAAAGUCUUUGGCAGAGCUUGACCUGGGAGAUGCUGUGAAUGGGAAAGUAAAGAAAAUGAUAUACAGAAUGAAGUCUGUGGACAAAAUAGAACAUAGGAAAGAAAUUAUUAACUCACGAGAGAGACCAAGAAAAGGAUCUGUGUCGGAGAGAAUUGCUUUGUUCGAGGGUCGGGUGAUCCCCAAGGGCGAGCCGCUGAAGAUGUCCCUGCACGAGAUAGUCAGCUCGGCCCCGGCCCGCGACUCCGGCGACCACAGCGCCCGGCUGGCGGAGCUGGCCGCCGCCGCCGCCAAGUACGGCACCUUCCCCAACAUGAGCUAUGUCGAGGUGGGCGGCGUGGACGUGCCCGCGCUCUGGGUCGGCACUGCCAUGAUAGAGAGCGGCGUGACGAAGGAGCUGAUCAAGGCUGCGAUAGAUCUGGGCUACCGCGCCUUCGACACCGCCUACAUCUACGGCACCGAGCGAGACGUCGGUGACGCCAUACGGGAGAAGAUCGCCGAUGGAACUGUCAAGAGAGAAGACCUCUUCGUAGCAGGCAAGUUAUGGAGCACGUUCCACCGCACGGACCUGGUGGAGCAGGCCUGCCGGGAGUCGCUGGACAAGCUUGGCCUUGACUACUUCGACCUCUACAUGAUACACAACCCCAUGUCAUUCAAGGAGGGUGGCGACCCCAUCCCCAUGAUAGCCAACGUGGUCCAGUACUCGGAGCACGACUACCUGGACGCGUGGUACGGCAUAGAGGACGCGGUGAAGAAGGGUCUGGUCCGCAUGGCUGGCGUGAGCAACUUCAACACCAAGCAGAUACAGAGGAUACUCGACAAGGGCAAGAUCAGACCCGUCGUCAAUCAGGUGGAGAGCCACCCGUACCUGACCCAGCUGGGCUUGGAGAGCUUCUGCUCGGAGCACAACAUCAGGCUCAGCGUGUUCGGCACCCUAGGGUCGAAAGGCACGCCGGCGCCCUACAAGAGUGACCUGGCGCCGGCCAUCGACGACCCCCUCGUCAUCACCAUGGCUGCCGGCCUGGGUAUCACGCCCGCACAGCUCCUUAUUAGCUACCAGGUGUCGCAGGGGCGCGCGGUGGUGGUGAAGUGUUCGAGCGGGGCGCGGCUGUGGGAGAACCUGCAGGCGCUGGCGACGCCACUGCGGCCGGACCACGUGCGCGCGCUCCACAACCUCAACAGGAACCAGAGGACGUUCACCUUCAAAGGCAUGGGCGCCACACACAAGAACUACCCGUUCACAGAGUUAAUAUGAACAACCGAUGAAUGGAUUACGGGGUGAUGUGCAGCUUCCAAGCAGCUGCUCUACACAACAGUAAUUACCAAGAUUCUAGUAUUAUUUACUAUUUAUAUUUUAAUAAUAAGAAUAAUUAUUGUUUUAUAAGCUGACUAAUGACAAUUUACA